UUAGUGCAAAUUUUAAGGGGUUUUGGGUGAAAGUAGGGGAAAGGGAGGGAGUUUGGGGGAUUUGGAAGGAGGGUGAUGGAAAUUGGGUUAAUAUGAGAGUUAUUUCGGAGAUUAUGAAAUGUUUUAUUGGGAUAAUAGGGAUUUCGAAGGAUGAAGAAAUAUUCUAAAAUCGUGUUUGGGUACUAAUAAUUUUUGAUGAUAUAUAUGAAGAGACUUCAAUGGAUCAUGGGUAAAAAUCAAAUGGCUGUAGAGUUAUAUAAAUUUUAUUAGUUAUUUUUGCUAAAAUUUGCGUAAAGUUAUGAUUUACCGUAAAAGUGAAGAGGUAACUAAAUUAGGUCAGGUGUUAGUUAUUAUAUCUAAAGUUAAGUGUCGAGCAGAUUAUCGUUGUCAUAAAUAUGAAAAAUUUAGUAAACCUAUAUUUUGUGUUAACUGACUUGCGAAAUAUUCGCCAAAUUCACCUUCACACCAAGUUACUGUUCAAAUCGUUUAUAUAUGCUUUACUAUUUUCAUAUUUAGCUAAACUUUAUUGCUAUAAUCUGAUAUAUACUUAAUCCACUCAUAAUUUUAGAAACAUGAAAACUUCAUCCCCUUGAAAUAUGUCUACGGAAAAAGAUUUCCAAAAGACUUAAAACUAGCCUCUGAUGCUAAAAUUUUAUUACCUAUUAAUUUAGGAAGCUUCUUUAAGCUAAAAAUAACAAGGUUUGAAGAUCUUUGUAAAUGUCGGAUAACUUACUUUGUUCAGAAUCCUGUACUGGGACUGAAAAAUUUAGUAUCAUAUCCUAUUUCUCUCUAGUUCAAAGAAUUAAGAGCAUGAAAAUUUUAGAGGCGACAUAAACAAGUUCAAGAGUUUAUUGUACCAUCUUACAAACAUUGCAAAUGUUAUAGAAAUGCAGCUUUUGGAGAGACUCACCCUGAUUAUAAACUGAAUAAUUAGGACAGCACACUGAUUCCUAUAAUCUUCUAAACUAGCAUUGACCUCAAGACAAUAUCAGAUAAAGCAUCAUGAGAUUUUUACAUAUUUUUCGAGAGUCUAGAUCCUUAAAAAAAGGAGGAUUAUUAUACAUUUCAAGGGUCUCAUAAUCCCGAUAUAAAAUAAAGUUGAAUUAAGAUAUAGAUCUAUCUAGGUGCCCAGAGCAUUACUAGUAUGAAGUAAAUCUAUUGCUAAUAUUAUCAAGAAAAUAAGAGGUAUUAUUAAUAAUCUUUUACUUCUUAAGGUAUAUAAAAACUUAAUACUAAAUUCUAUAAAUAAUUUAAUGAUUGACAAUACUUUUGAACUCCAAAAAAUUCUCGGCAAAGGAGGCAGUUCCAAAGUCUUUCUUGCCACUGAUGCUGCUCAAGCACAAGUCGCAAUCAAGACAAUGCGAAAAGACAAGAAAUACUCCCAGCAAGUCAUCGAGACACUCGUCAAGAGAGAAGCUGAUAUGCUAUCAACUCUGGAAGGCCAUCCAAACAUUAUCCGGUGAAUGGGUUCCGAACUCAAUGGAACCUUCACCAUCCACAACAAAUCAGAGCCUGUAGUCUACAAUGUGCUUGAGUAUGCUGAAAAUGGAGCCUUCUCAGCCUUUGUGAGAAGCACUGGACCCAUCGAAGAACAAAUUGCGAGGCUCUUCACUGCACAAGUCUGAAGCGCCGUAAACCAUAUGCACAGUCUCGGGUAUGCCCACCUCGACAUAAAGUUGGAAAACAUUCUGCUGGAUGAACUGUUUAACGCCAAGCUUGCUGACUUGGGGUCUUGCAUUGAAGCUCCUGAGUUUGACACCAUGGUCGACAGACGCAGAGGGACGCUUAGUUACAUGGCUCCUGAAGUUGCCAACUUGGAAUCUGGCCAAUCGUUCAUGGCCAUCCCUGCUGACAUUUACUCGCUAGGAGUGACAAUUUAUGUUAUGGUUACUGGAGAAUUUCCAAGUGCCCAAAUGCUGAAACAAAACGUGUCAACAUCGGAUUGUGAUGCCAAGACCUCAUGAGAUGUUGACAUGGAAGAUGAAGAAAGCAACUCUAGAUGGAACCUUGUAUCAUCCGAACUUAAAGAGCUACUUCAGUCAAUGACUCAUCCAGACCCAUACAAGCGACCUCUAAUGCUAGAAGUCUUGUCCCAUCCAUGGGUAAACUGAGAGUUCAGCCAAGAGCUGAUGGAAGAAGCCUACCAAGAAAUGUCGAGUCGGAAGGCUUACAUGAAGACACUACAAAAUUCACGCCAAUAA